CGACAUUUCACGUUUCACGACCCCAAUUUCAUUGUGUGCUAAAUGAAGGAGCCAUGUGAAAUCCGCGAGGCGCACAGAGACCCAGAUCAGGUGUAUCACCCACAAGGAUUAGAAGUUAAGGUUUGGCUCCACCAGUCAAAAGAUCACCUUUGAGGGCACAUCUCGAACCAGGGCACGCCUUGAUUGGCGGGUGAGAUGACACGCCCCCACCUGAUUGCCUCGCUCAGCCUCCUGCUCUGGUGGCUUUUACUGAUACACGUGUACAGCCAGGAAGUUCACGGGGCGGAGAUUUCCGAGGACUGUGGACAGCGCAACGGAAGCUUGUGCCCGUGUCCCCCGAUAAAGGGCUCCAUGGGACGUCCUGGUGCUGUUGGGGAAUCGGGGAGAAUUGGACCUCCAGGUCCACCAGGACCUCCGGGAUACCGAGGACAGAAAGGACACCGCGGAUCUGAAGGAAAUCCUGGAGGUCCUGGAUCAAAAGGAGAUGUAGGCAAUCCAGGAAUAGAUGGAAAUCCUGGGCCACCUGGAACACCUGGUUACUAUGGACCUGUUGGCCCUCCCGGUUUUCCAGGAAUAGACGGCUGUGAAGGACCAAGAGGAGAUCCAGGACCCAAAGGUUGUGCAGGACCAAGUGGUCUCACCGGACAACGAGGUUGUCAGGGACCAAAGGGACCCAAAGGAGAUCCUGCAUGCCAGUACAUUAUGAUUCCUGGGAUACGUGGUUGCGAUGGACCUCCGGGUUGUGCUGGACCUGAUGGACUUCCUGGACCUUGUGGCCAGCCAGGACCAAAAGGGACGCCUGGAGAACCUGGAUUACCGGGUGGAAAUGGUGCUCCAGGUUUACGAGGUCCUAACGGAGACGCAGGAAAACCGUUUACCGGUGAGACUGGAGAGGAGGGAGAACCAGGGCCGAAGGGCCCUCCUGGCCCCUAUGAAAUAAUCGAGCCAUCAGAAGAAUAUUUCCCCAAAGGAGACAAGGGGGCGAAAGGACCCAAUGGAAUCGUUGGACUACCUGGAUAUAAUGGCAUUGAAGGACCUCAGGGAGAAACAGGAGAAAAGGGUUUUGCAGGUUUUCCAGGACCUACAGGUGAAUCUGGCUCUCGUGGGGGUUCUGGUGCACCAGGAAAACAGGGUGAACAAGGAAAGCCUGGACUCCCGGGCCAAUAUGGCUUCCCCGGGGUGAAGGGCAAUUCAGGUGAACCAGGUCCAACAGGGGAGACAACAUAUUACUCUUAUAUACCAGGUGCUAUUGGUGACAAAGGAAGGCCUGGGACCCCGGGUAUCAAAGGAGACAUGGGAAUGAUAGGUGUGCCAGGUCCUCCUGGUCCACCAGGAGAAUCUUUACGAGGCCACACAGGUAACCCAGGGAUGGUUGGUCCUCGAGGCGUUCAAGGUGAUAAAGGAGCACCAGGAAUUAGAAGCACAGAGCGAAUCCCAGGGGAGCCUGGGAAACCAGGGCUACAAGGGCAAAAAGGAAUUCAAGGAGCUUCUGGCCCCCAUGGAUACUACUGCCUCCCUGGCCACAGGGGAGAUCCUGGAUCCGAAGGAGAUAAAGGUCCACCUGGUCCAACUGGCAUUCACGGGAGAAAAGGUGACAAUGGUGACUGUAAUUGUGAGGCAAGGUCUGUUUAUGGCCGGCUGGGUUUGCCAGGUGAACCUGGGGAACCUGGUGCUCCAGGACUGAAAGGGCUAUCCGGUGUUCCAGGUGACCCAGGCCCUGAUGGAGAUCCGGGGCAAAAAGGGACUUAUGGAUUUCCAGGUUUUCCAGGUAACAAGGGUAGGAAAGGAGAAAAAGGAAACCUGUUUGUGAUGAACAUUAAGGGUCAAAAGGGACAGUGCGGCAGAACAGGGACUUAUGGGUGUCCAGGAAUCAAUGGCUUGAAAGGGGAUUGUGGGAAUCCUGGCCUUCCAGGUGAUUGUGGUUCAGAGGGUGACAGUUUUUCAGGCUUUCCUGGUGAUAGAGGUUAUCCAGGAAAAAUGGGUCCCAAAGGCCCAAGAGGUCCCUGUGGACCACAAGGGCCAGGCAUUCCUGGGCCAGUAGGUCAUCGAGGACAAGAAGGUGACCAGGGGCAGCCAGGACAAAGAGGAAUUCCUGGCCGUAAAGGAAAUAAAGGUGAUACGCAACCCUGUAUACCUGGCAGUCCUGGAGACCGUGGACCAAAGGGAGAGCUUGGUGAAAAAGGUUGUUUAGGAGAGCAGGGCAAUGCAGGCCCUUGUGGAGAUAAUGGUAUUAAAGGAGCAAAAGGAGAAAAUGGAAUCUGUGGAAAUCCUGGUCCUGAUGGUCCUACAGGGUUAUGUGGCUCUCAGGGGGAUCCAGGAGACAUUGGACUUGAUGGCGAGAGUUUGAGUGGGAAUCCAGGUAUACCUGGCAAUCAAGGACCGCCUGGGUUAAAAGGAUGUAUUGGAGACUCAUUGAUAGGAGAUCGAGGACCAGAGGGUCCUUUUGGGUACGAUGGCUCUUUAGGUGCUAAAGGAGUCCCUGGAGCCCCAGGGCCAUUUGGUACAGAAGGCUUUCAUGGUGCACCUGGAAUUCGAGGUAGGAAAGGAGAGCCAGGAGCAAAUGGUCAGGUUGGCAAAGAGGGAUCUGUUGGCCCAUGUCCAGUGGAGUGUGAGAUUGGGGAUCUGGGAGAGCCAGGGCUGCCAGGAGACCCAGGAUGUAGUGGAAGUCCAGGUACACGUGGCGAGAAAGGAUUUGUCGGCCCACCUGGCCUUCCUGGAAGGGGGCAGAAAGGUGAUCCAGGAAAACCAGGCCCACCUGGUGCGCCAGGAUACUGUGGUCCUCAGGGAUUCCCAGGAUCAGUAGGAGACUUUGGAGUUCCUGGACCUAACGGAUUGAUAGGUUGUCCUGGACAACCCGGAAAGGAUGGCUUACCUGGUGACCAAGGUGAAGGUGGACUUCAGGGUCCACCUGGAUUAAAAGGCGAGAACGGUUUUGAUGGGAGGCAAGGUUGUCCAGGAGUCGAUGGAGAGAGAGGAGAGAAAGGUUCCCAUGGAGAUCCUGGGGUGCCAGGAGCGGUCAUUAUGAUUAUUGAAAAGGGGAAGACAGGACCAUCAGGACUGCCUGGGCCAUGUGGGUCCCCUGGUCCCAGAGGUGAUAAAGGUGUAAAGGGAGAAGCUGGUCCAGAUGGCCGUCCAGGGCAUUGUGGACCUCAGGGUUUUGAGAAUGGCCCUCGGGGGCCACAGGGUCCUUGCGGACAGCCGGGUGAACCUGGACUCCCGGGCCUACCAGGGUUAAAAGGUUAUAACGGAUUUCCCGGAGGAUUUGGUGAUCCAGGUGACCCAGGGUUGAGUGGAUGUCCAGGAGUCCCAGGUACCACUGGAUUUGAUGGGCCAAAAGGUGAUAGAGGAGAUUCUAUAGGUACACCAGGACCUCCAGGUGUGAGAGGUGAAUGUGGACCAAAUGGCUACUCAGGACCUCCAGGAGAUCCGGGAGAUUGUGGAGACGUGGGUCCACCUGGUGUGUGUGGACAGCCUGGCAAACCUGGUCCUGUUGGAAAUCGGGGACAAUGUGGACCUCCAGGUGUUAUUGGUCCCCCAGGACCUAGAGGAACAUGUGGUUCUGAGGGUCCUUCAGGGCCUUCUGGACCUCCUGGACCUCCUGGACCAUCAGGCCAGUGUGGCCCGCCAGGUCCUCCAGGGCCACCAGGACUGUUUGGAUUGGAUGGAUUAGAGGGUGUAAAGGGUGAACCAGGGACACGCGGAUUAGGUGUACCUGGAGAAAAGGGGCCGAAGGGUCUGACAGGUGAAAGGGGUUGUCCAGGGGACCCUGGGCCAGAGGGUCCUAUCCAGCAAGGGUUCAAAGGCAGUCAGGGCCCUCCUGGAUUGCCAGGUAAUCCUGGUUGUCCAGGUCCUACUGGUUAUUCUGGCAGAGAAUGUGAGAACCCAAACCCAGGACAGAGUGGUGAAGCUGGUUUUAUUGGUCUGGAUGGCCCACCAGGACUUAGAGGAUCAAUGGGACCAGCGGGCCUGCCCAUCCCUGUGCAGGGGGAUGAGGGAGACACAGGUUCACCAGGUAUUAAUGGAACCAAAGGACCAAAAGGUGAACGUGGUCCCAGAGGCCAGAUGGGAGUUUCAGGCCUUCAAGGACGUAAAGGUGAAAAAGGUGAUCCAGGGUUACCGGGAGAUCCUGGACCUUCUGGACUACCAGGAGCCAAUGGAAACCCCGGGUUCAAGGGCCUUAAAGGUCGACGAGGAGAUGAAGGUGCUCCUGGAAAACCAGGGGAAGUUAUUCAUGGUGAUUUUUAUCAACCAGUUAUUGGUCCAUCUGGACAUCCUGGUCCUUCUGGUGAACCUGGUUUUCCAGGACUUAUUGGAAUUAAAGGCAGCGAAGGGCCAAAAGGGCUAAAAGGUGCCGCAGGAUACCAAGGGUUGGAUGGUCAUCCUGGACCACCUGGCCCUAUUGGACUUCCUGGAGCCCCCGGAAAGGAUGGUGAAAGAGGUUUACAAGGCAGGCAAGGUGAACAAGGCCCUCCAGGAGAUGAAGGUCCUCCUGGCCCCUCUGAGAGGUUUAACUCCGGCUUCCUAUUGGUCAUUCACAGCCAAUCAACAGAUGUGCCCAAGUGUCCUCGAAAUAUGACUAAGCUUUGGGAUGGAUAUAGCCUCCUGUAUCUGGAGGGGCAGGAAAAAGCGCACACACAAGAUCUAGGUCAGGGAGGUUCGUGCAUGCGUGUCUUCAGCACUAUGCCGUUUUCACACUGUAGCAUGGGUGCCUGCAACUACGCCAACCGCAAUGACAAGUCCUACUGGUUAGCCGCCACUGCUCCAUUACCUACCAUGCCCAUGUCCGGCCUGGAGAUCCAGCAACACAUCAGCAGGUGUGCAGUGUGUGAGGCUCCAGCACCGGCUAUUGCCAUUCACAGCCAGAGCACACUCAUACCCAACUGUCCACUAAAUUGGAUGAGCCUCUGGAGUGGAUAUUCAUUCCUUAUGCACACUGGGACAGGAGACGAAGGAGGUGGACAGUCUCUCACAUCGUCUGGAAGCUGCCUACAGGAUUUUCUUACGCAUCCGUUUGUGGAGUGCCAGGGAGCUCAAGGCACAUGCACUUAUUUUAACAACCUCUACAACUUUUGGCUCACGCGUGUUGACCAGGACUUCAGCCCUGUUCCAGAAAUAAUGACCCUAAAGGAAGCGGUUGAGCAGCGUGAUCACGUCAGCCGAUGCAACGUCUGCUUGAGAGCGUGACCCCGUUCCACAUUGUGGCACACCAGUUUGAAAUACUCUAGUUACCCUAGUUUGUGAUGCUACAGAGGGGAUAUGAAUUGGGUAGUCAUAAUGACUCAAAUUGGAAAAAAAAAAAAAAAGAACUGAACAGUUUGUGAUUACUCACACCAAAGGACAACUGUGAACAAGUUUGUACACACUUUUCCUCUCCACUUUUGAUACUUGAGGGUUUAAG